CCAUGAUUUAGACUAACUUCACGAUACUGUAGUAUUGUACCGUAGUGUACAAAUUAUACAUAAUUGAAAUUAUAUAUAAUUCACGUGUUGACGAAACGUUGGGAAGUGUAGUUACGAACUUUAUGUGUUGUAAUACAUAUACAUUUAUAAAAUAAUAAUUUUAAAUUGAAAUUUGGGUACUAUUUAAAAAUUAUUUAGAAUAGUUAAAAAUGGCAGUUAGAAAACGUUAUUUAUUUGAACCGAUGCCUAAGGCUAAACAAUAUGUGAAACAUAUAUCUUCAAAGCAAGUGAGUGAAAAAGAUAAAAAAGCAAUUGUUAUUGCACAAGAAAUUAAAUUUGCUCGAUUACUCUCAUGUAAUGAUAAAGUAACUCGAGAUAAAGUACUAAAAUAUUUAAAAAGGUGGUUGAUAGUUCGUACACAAAGUACUCUUGCACUUUCAAAGGAGGAUUUUAUGCGAUUAUGGAAAGGUUUAUUUUAUUAUAUGUGGGCAUCAGACAAACCUUUGAUUCAAGAAGAACUAGCAGAAUCUCUUAGUAAAAUUGUACAUUGUUUAAAAGCUAAAGAGGUAGUAGUACUCUAUACAGAAUGUGUUUUAAGAACAUUAGGUAUUGAAUGGUUUGGUAUAGAUCAAUAUAGAUUAGAUAAAUUUUGCAUGCUAGUUCGAAGAAUAAUUCGACAGACUUUCCAGAAAUGUAAAGAGAAUUUAUGGGAUAUUGAAUGGAUAAAAGAUAUUUCUGAAAUACUUGAAAAGUUGUUAGUUGAUCCAAAAAUAUGUCUUGGUUUUACUAUGCAUAUAACAGAAAUAUAUCUAGAAGAACUUGCAAAAAUUAGUGAUGGAAAUAUACCAGAAAAUGUUGUUACAGAAUUUAUUAAACCAUUUAUUUUAUAUUUUAUAUGUAUGGAUGAUGAAAGACAAAUUAAACAUGUAAUGAGACAUAUUUUUAGGUAUCUGAUUUUUCAAUCAGAUAUUGGUGUGGAUUAUAUGGAAAAAUUUAAAGCUUGGAGAAGUGCUGGUUUUCCUGCUGGUUCUAUUGAUGCUAUGGAAAAAAUAGAACUGUCAGAUGAAGAAGAUAAUAAUAUUACCAGAGACGUAGAAAUUUAUCUUGAAAAACAAAUGAAAUAUAAUACAGAGAAACCACUAGAUCCUAGAGCUGGUAGAAUAGAUGUUGAAUUGCCACAAAUACCUUUUAAUCCAAGACAGAUAGUUGAUUUGUUAAAUAAGUAUAAAUUUCAUUCCUCAUCAACAACAAAAUCACGUAGACAGUUACGUCAUCUUAUUAAAGAAUUUAUAGAAUUAUCAGAUGGUAAAAUGCCAUUAGGCAUUAAGGAAAUAAGAAUUCCAAAAAUGCAAAAGAAAAAUACAGAUAUAAAGUCAGCUGCAGUACGUCUUUUAAAAUUUGAGCAGGAAUUAUAUUCGGAUACACUACAAAAAGGGCGCAAAAAGAAAAAGAAUAAGCAGUUAAUACAUGAUGAAAGUGAUAAAUUUAGUGAAGAAGAAUCAGAAAAUAUUAACGAUGAAACUAAUCGUGAAGAUAAUACUGUAGAAAUGAACAAUGAUGAAACUAUUAAAAAAAAAAGAAAAAUGAAGCAUAAAUUAGAUUUUACUGAUAAUUUAAUAAAUUCGCAAAAUCAGAAUAUUUGUAAAGCAGAUGCAAAAGAUAGUAAUUCUAAAUUAAGAAAUAAUUCUUCAUUAUUAAUUGAAGAUAUUGAUGAAAAUAAGAAAAUAAAAUUAAAAAAGAACAAGAAUAUAACUGCCAAAACACUAAACAUCGUCAAACAAGUAAAGAAAAAAAAGUCAACGAAAUCAAAAGUUACUGGUAAAUGGAAUGUUUCUGAUGAUAUAGAACCAUCCAUUCUUUUGAUGGAUAAUAACAGCACAAAGUCAUGUAUGGGAAUUGAUGAAAAUUCAGUUACAAGUGAAAAUAACUACGAGCAAAAAAAUAAUAUAUAUGGCAAACAACAAACUUGCUUGGUACCUAUAUUAACAAAAUUAGAAAAUAAAAAAAAUGAAACACCAAUAAGCUUAAAAAGAAAACAUGAAAUAAGUGCUACUACAAGUUCUAAAAAACGAGUGAAAAUUGCUCUUCACUGUAAUACAGCUCAACAUACAUCUGAAUAUAUUUCGCAAAUUCGGAAAAGUCCAGGUAUACCUUUUGAUGCAAACAAGAAACCAUUAGCAGGUGUACUAAAAGCAAGUCCUAUACCAAGUCCAGUUAAUCCAUUUUAUAGAAAAAAUAUAUAAAAUGUUUCUUAAAUUAAUAAAUGAAGUAAUAAUUAUUUGUUAAUAAAACAAAUAAAACUACAAUUUUUUCAAAUAAA